GCAAGGUUGAAGCAAGCCACCUCAGAGUCCCGUGACUACUGCGGGGACGCUUCCCAUACUGUACAGCGUAUGCCUGGCGGUACUUAGCUUCACGCAGCCGCCCUGCAAGAUCCGCGCGGCUGCGUUUGGAAAGGAUCGGACCCCAGCACCGAACGCAGAGCUGUCAACUGCUGGAGCUGCAGGAGCCUUCCGAGCGGCGCUCGACGCGAUCAGUGGAGAAAUCCGGAUUCACGAAAGGGGCACAGCUCCUCGGGUUGUGGGAAGCUGCGGGGAGAGAGGGGUCAGGUCGUUACUAAGGCCACGGCCGCUCUGACCCCACGAACCCCGCGCCUCCCCACGCAGGGAGCUCCGCCCGCGCCUUGACCCCGCAGGCCGGAAGUCACCCGGACGUGUAACCACACGGGGCCGGAAGUCCCGCCCCUCCCGGAAGAGCGAACGGAAGCCCAUAGGGGUCAUAGAGGCCCGGCGAUUUCGUCGCGUCGGUUGUUGGUGUCAGACGCCAUCCGGCCAGCAGCUUGGUCCCCGGAAUGGCAGCCCCGUCUAUGAGGGAGCGGCAGGCUUGCUGGGGAGCCCGGGACGAGUACUGGAAGUGCCUCGACGAGAACACGGAGGAUGCGGCUCGGUGCAGGAAGCUGAGAAGCUCGUUUGAGUCCAGUUGUCCCCAGCAGUGGGGACAAGGCCCAGCCUUUGAUCCUGGGGGCAGGGUCAGUUGGAGGACAAGAUCAUUAAGCAGUCAAGGGACUGAGAGCCCACCGUGUUGGAAGGAUCACCACACGGAUACCGAAAUCACCCAAGAGCUCAGACGUGAGGACGGUGGAGAAGAUGACAGUGUGCUGCAGAGUUGACGGCACCAACAAGGAAGGGAGAGGGCAGCACCCAGCGAGGCGGGCGGCACCCAGCGAGGCGUCCUCGUGGACCCCUGCAGCUGCCCAGUGACAGCCCUGCCCACGUGCCACCGGCCUCUCCCGCACUGCUGAGCUCUCUCUCGGCCCGCCCCUCAGUGUCAGCUCCGCACGUCCACCUGUGCGUCUUCUCAAGUGCUUCUGUGUUGAAGUCCUACCCCACUGCCGUAGAAUGAAGCUGGAACGGUUUCCCAGAGGCGGGAGAGAGCGCGAGGCAUGGAAGUGUGGUUGGGUGCGUUCUGCGUGAGCUGCUGCCUUUCAGUCACUCUGAAGCUGCGCUUGCACGUUCUACACAGGAGGAACUAAGGCUCAGACAGGGGAAAUACUUUGUCCAAGAUCAGCCAACCAGCAGAGUAGUAGAGAAGGGACUGGAAUGCAGGUCUCUGAUUCCAAAGUUUUGUCUUUUACUUAGCUGAAGUCACAGCCAAAGAAUAAAGAUAAAAAUAG